CCCUAACACUCUCUCUCUCUCUCUCUCUCCCCCCCCCCCCCCCCCCCCCAUUUAUUUGCUUAUAAAUACUCGUUUUAAAUCAUUCAGAUCUCUUCUGGGCGUUACCGCUUUUGAAUUUUAUAAAAAAAGCUCGGGUUGGGAAAACCCCCAAUUUCAAUUUCAAUUCAAAUUUCAAGAGAAAGGUUUAUAUAAUCCAUAUCAAAAUUUCCAAGCUUGUAUGUGUAUAGAUUGAAACCAGGGUUCGUUUGGAAGAUUUAAGAUGGAGAGAUCUUCUGCGUUUGUGAACUGGGAAGAAGUUUUUUCGACAAAUCAUAGACGAAGAAGAGAGGUACGAUAUUAUUUGAAACGCCGGGAUGGGACUUCUGAUUUGGCAGUUGUCGGCAAAGAGAAGAAAUCAGCUUCCAAAACGACGACGUCUUUGUCUUCUCCGUAUCGGUAUCGAUACGCAAUUCGUGACAAAUCGUUAUUUCCGUCGUCUGAUAUACCUUUUGAAAAUUCUCCCAAGCUCAGAUCUCGGCGACAGGUUAUUGAUUGGUUGAGUUCUAUUGUUACAGGAAAUAUUAAAUCAAAUUCCAAGAGCUGGUUGAGAGCCUCGGAAUUCCUGCGCCCUGAUUACUAGGUUAAGAUCUACUCUUGGUCAACUUAAAUUUGUUUGCGUUGACUCAUACACACACACACUUGCCUUCUGUUUUCAAUAAUUUAUUCCCAAUUUAACCUAAUCAACAUGCAUCCAUCUUGCAUCUUUCUACCUUCUUGUGAAACUAUAUAACCUUUGUGUUUCAUUUUCUUUCUUUCUUUCUUGUAGUACAUGUCUGUAAUUUCUUUAAUACCAAUAUUAAUAUUUUAUUUUCUUAAAUGUUUUUAGAUGGCUCUUUUUCAUAUCCACCAAAACCCAUAGAUGGUGUUAAUGGAGCAGGAGAUAUGAGGUUGAAAUUUGCUAACUUUCAGGAUCAUAAAAAAACCCAUCAAACUACAGAGCUUCUAUGGGUCGGAUCAUGGACAUGCAAGAAAAAGAGGAAACACUAUGAAGCUUACACAAGAAGUGGUGUUAAAAUCUCAGUUCAUGAUUUUGUGUAUGUGUUAGCUGAAGAAAACAAACGACUUGUUGCAUAUUUAGAAGAUUUAUUCGAAGAUUCAAGAGGAAACAAAGUGGCUGUAGUUCGAUGGUUUCACAAAGUAGAUGAAGUUGUUCUUGAUUCACUUCACACAAGUUAUAAUUACAAAGAGAUUUUCUUUUCACUUUGUAUUCAAGAUCUCAGCAUCGAAUGCAUAGAUGGAAUUGCAUCUGUUCUCAGCCCUCAACACUAUGAAAAUUUCCUCAAACUCAAUUCUUUGAAUCUGAUAAACCAAAAGGUGGAUCCAUUUGUAUGCCAAAAUCAGUUUGAAGAUGAAGGAAUCAAGCCCUUUGACAUAACCAAAGUCAAAGGCUACUUUAAUCAAAACAUACAUAAACUCAUGUAUGUUCAUCUCAAAAAGUUUAGUAGUGAUGCUGAUGUGGCAGUGGAUGUGGAUGUGGAUGUGGAUUUGAUCAGACCUAAAAAGAGACUUAGGAGAUUAAUGGAAACAGAAUAUGAGUACACAAUAGGGUCUGAAGUAGAAGUGUUAUCUCAAGAUAGUGGGAUUAGAGGUGUUUGGUUUAAAGGUGUAGUUAUCAAGAAACACAAUGAGAAGCUUAAAGUGAAGUAUCAAGAUAUAAAGGAUGGAGGGGAUGAGUCUAAAAAUCUUGAGGAGUGGAUUUUGUCAUCAAGAGUUGGUGUUGAUGAUGAAUUUGGGAUGAGAUUGAGUGGAAGAAUGACAAUUAGGCCAAAAAGAUUGUUGAAAAAGAGUGAUGUUUUGGUGGAUGUUGAUGUUGGUUGUGUGGUGGAUGCGUGGUGGAAUGAUGGGUGGUGGGAAGGGAUUGUGGUUGGUAAAGAAUUGGAGGGUAAAAAUGGAAAUAGAAUCCAUGUUUAUUUUCCAUGGGAGAAGAAAAGAUUGAUUUUUGGGUGUAAUGAUUUGAGAUAUUCUCAAGAAUGGUUUAAAGGGGAGUGGAAAGAGUUUAACAACAGAUUCGAUCUUGUUGGUUUGAUUUCUUGUGAUUCUGAAACUAAAUCACAUGAUAAUAAUGUGUUAUUAUCUACUAUGGUUGUUGUUGUUGUUGAUGAUGAUGAUGAUGAUAAAGGGCAAAAUGGGGAAUAUGUAAUUGGUGAUUUGAAGUGGAAUUGGUCAAGAAAGAAGAGACAAAAGAGGAAAGCAUGUGAGAGAUUCCAAGUUGAGAAUUUGGUGACAUUGAAAAAAAGAAGAAAGGAUAAUAGUGAAUGUAAAUUCAUAUGUGAUUCUUCUCUUUUUUGUCAUUCAGUUGCUUCCUCCACCCCUUUAAUUAUGUCCAGGUGAAAGAAAAUUACGUUUUUGCCCUUGUGAUAUGUUGUACAUUUGUGUCGCUUUUUGGAAUCAUAGUUUUUAGGAGUAGGAUGUUGUUGUUAAGAAAAGGUAAGUAUCUUGAUGAGUUAGUUAUAGUUAGAGUUAGAGUUAAGAGUAACGUAGCUACAGCUCAUUUUCUUUUGAGGGUUUUGUGUUGUAGCAAGAAUCAAUGAUCAAUCCCUGUUUUUUGUAUCAUGUAUAAUUUAUUUUAUUUUAUUUUUUGUUGUAAAAUAAAGGGACUCUUUUGAUGCA